GUGAGAAUAAAGUUCAUCAAUAAUCUAGAAAAUGAUCACUGUAGGAGACAAUGACACGUACUGUUAGCCUUUUUGCCAUGCUUUUCAGGUGCACUUGAAUGAGUUGGCAUAAACUAAAAAUGUCACAACUUGUGUUAAUACAGCUGAACAAUUAUUACUCACUAAAGACAUAACUUAUGUGGUCCAAUAUGUCUUGUUUUGUAUAAAGUCCAACCCUCUAUCACCCUUAUCUUAUGUGACUACACUUUCCAGAAUAACAAUGGAUAAGUCAAAUCCUCUGCCAUUUCUCUCUGUUAUGAUUAUUCUUCUUCUUCUUCCACAUGUUUCUAAUUCUCAAGCAGCCCCAUCAAGAGAUUCCAUUUUUGUAACUUUUCUUCAGUGUCUUAAAAGCCACACAACCCAACCAGAUCAAGUUUCAAACAUAGUCUAUGCCCAAACCAAUGCAUCAUACACCUCCAUUUUUGAAGCCUUUGUUAGAAAUGCAAGGUUCAACACCCCCUCCACCACAAAACCAUUACUUAUUGUCACCCCUCUGCAUGAAAACCAAGUACAAGCCACUAUAGUUUGCUCCAAAACCAUUGGUCUUCAUCUCAAAAUCAGAAGUGGAGGCCAUGAUUUUGAAGGUAUUUCAUAUAUCUCUGAGGUACCCUUUGUUAUCCUUGACAUGUUCAAUUUUCAGAACAUCACUGUUGAUAUACAAAAUGAAAUCGCCGUGAUUCAAACCGGUGCAAGUCUUGGACAAGUUUAUUAUAGGAUAUGGGAGAAGAGUAAAGUUCAUGGCUUUCCUGCUGGAGUUUGUUCAACUGUUGGUGUUGGUGGUCACUUAAGUGGAGGAGGGUAUGGUAAUAUGAUGAGAAAAUUUGGGUUAUCAAUUGAUAAUGUUGUUGAUGCUAAAAUUGUUGAUGUCAAUGGUAGGGUUCUUGACAAAAACAGUAUGGGGGAAGAUCUUUUUUGGGCCAUUAGAGGUGGUGGAGGAGCAAGUUUUGGAGUCAUUUUAUCAUACACCGUUAAACUAGUUUCUGUACCAGAAAAAGUUGCAGUUUUUCAAGUUGACAAGACUUUGGAUCAGAAUGCAACUGAUCUUGUUUUCCAGUGGCAACAAGUUGCUCCACACACUGAUGAUAGGCUUUUCAUGAGACUAGUUUUGCAGCCUGUGAGUUCAAAAACUUUAAAGGGUCAGAAAACCAUAAGAGCUUCAUUUCAGGCUUUGUUUCUUGGAGGUGCUGAUGAACUUGUGACACUCUUGGAGAAAGAGUUUCCUUUGUUGGGACUAAAGAAGGAAACUUGCAAGGAAAUGAGUUGGAUUGAAUCUGUUUUUUGGUGGGCUAAUUUCAAUGAUGGUUCCUCCUUAAAUGCAUUGCUUGAAAGAAACCAUUACAAAGUUCAUUCCAGCAAAAGAAAAUCUGAUUAUGUACAAUCACCAAUUCCUAAAGAUGGGUUGAAAUGGAUAUUGAAGAAGAUGGUUGAACUUGGAAAAGUUGAGCUUGUUUUCAAUCCUUAUGGAGGAAAAAUGAAUGAGGUUGCUUUUGAUGCUACACCAUUUCCUCACCGUGCAGGGUAUCUAUACAAAAUUCAAUAUACUGUGAGUUGGGAAGAAAAAGGAGAUGAUGUAGAAAAGAGUUUAUUAAGUCAGAUUAGAAUGUUAUAUAGUUACAUGACACCAUUUGUGUCAAAGAAUCCAAGAAGUGCUUAUGUGAAUUAUAGGGACCUUGAUAUUGGUAUUAAUAGACAUGGUAAGGAUGAUUACAAUGAUGGAGUGGUUUAUAGUAUCAAGUACUUCAAUAAAAAUUUUGAGAGGUUGGUGAAUGUUAAGACUAAGGUUGAUCCUGAAAACUUUUUCUGGAAUGAACAGAGUAUCCCAACACUUCCAAACAAGGCAUAGGCUGACCGACAAAAGACAGAUUGAAUUCAUUAUAUUGACUUUUGUUUCUUUUUAUCCUAUCUGUAUUCAUGUACUAGCUCAGUGUUAUAAUAAAUAUAAAUAUAAAUAUAAAAUGUAAA